UGCCCUCGCGUCUCAAUGCGAUCACCAAAGCGUCUGGAGAUGGAGAGAUCAGUCCCGUGGUCGGAACUCCCAACGGAGUUGUGGUCGAUGAUUGGGAAAAAGCUCGACACCCGCGUGGACAUCGAUCAAUUUCGCAGCGUCUGCUCGCCGUGGCGUUCCUCCAUACCUCCAGUCUCAGAGUCCAAGCUCAGAAUUGGAGGGACCUUGAUCAGUCAGUGCAUGGUCUAUCUUCUCGAGCUGCCACCAACAUCUCCGAAGGACUCGCAGUGUCCUCCGUCUCAUGAGGGUUGGUUGAUCAAGAUCACAGAAGAUAAGGACCUAAGUGGUCGAGGCCGGGUUCAGCUCUCCAAUCUGCUCUCGAGCCGACCCAUCUUCAAAGGUGGGACCUUUCCUGAGGUUUUGUGUACUAUGGAUUAUAGGGUCACUGAGAUUUUUGUAGAACGUUAUCUCAUAGGCAAGAAAGGAGCAUGUUAUCCUGGGGCCGCAAGGAAGGUGAUCAUGCUUCCGGAUUCUCCAUGGGCUGCUCUAGAGGAGACUUCGGUCGUCGGGAUCUUCGGGAGAGGGAGAUUGAAGUGUUGGAAACAUGGGGACGAGGAUUGGAAUGCGAUGGACAAUCCGAACAGCCCAUACGACGAUCUCAUUGCUUACAAAGGGCAGUUUUAUGUUGUUGAUAGGUUCGGCACCGUGUCAUGGAUCAAUCCUUCUUUUAAGAUGGUGCAGUUCUCACCUCCUGUUUGCGGUAACGGCAAUGGUGGGGACUGGAAGCAUCUGGUGGAGUCGGGCGGAGAUCUCUACGUGGUGGAUCGAUAUUGCAAUGAGUUUAGUACAAUCGGUAGGAUUCGGGCAGGCGCUGUGAGGGAGGCUGCUGGUUUUAAGGUUUAUCGGCUGAAUCAAGAAUGGGGAAAAUGGGAUGAGAUAAGGAACCUCGGUGAUGUUGCUCUCUUUCUGGGCGAUCACAGUUGCUUCUCAGUGUCGGUGAAAGGAUUCGGACGAUGCAAGGGGAACUGCAUAUAUUUCACUGAGAUUAACGCGACUCGAGGGGGAAAAGUUCAAGUCUUCAAUAUGGAGGAUGGCAGCAUCAAGAGGGCAUCAUAUUCGCCUGAUCACUUGAGGAUCCUGUGGCCGCCACCAGCUUGGAUCGCCCCAAAUGGGUUCGACCUAAGUCCUUCCUCGCUUGAGGAGCCGCUAUUCUAGUUAAUUCAGAGGAGAGCUUCGUGAUUUGGAUGAGGUACA